AUGGCCACCGCGAAUCAAGCCGACCCAGCGACCAGACAUGGCCAGUACAGCAAUGACGCCUACACGGUGGGCUGGAUCUGUGCCAUUUCGACCGAAUAUGUCGCGGCCCGCGCCUUGCUCGAUGAGAUCCACGAUGGCCCGCAACACACAGCCCAGCACGACAGCAACAGCUACACCCUGGGGACCAUAGGGCGCCACAACGUCGUCAUCGCGGUCCUGCCCGACGGAGAGUAUGGUACAAACUCGGCCGCCGUCGUCGCGCGCGACAUGCUGCACAGCUUUCCCAACGUUCGCGUCGGGCUGAUGGUCGGCAUCGGCGGCGGGGCACCGAGCAGUAAGCACGACGUGCGGUUGGGCGAUGUCGUGGUGAGCGCGCCCCGAAACGGCCACGGGGGCGUGAUGCAGUACGACUUUGGCAAGACCAUACAGGACCGCGCAUUCCAGCAUACGGGGUUUCUGGCGCAGCCGCCGAUGGUACUGCGCACGGCAGAAGAAGGCCACAAUAUCCCGGAAGCAGUCGACAAGGCCCUGCAGAGAAAGCCCAGAUUACGCAAGAAGUACUCCCGGCCUGACGCCAGCACUGAUCGUCUGUAUCGUAGCGACACUGUUCAUCCAAUCGACGCAAACGAUGCAGAGUGUGAAGCAGUCUGUGGCACCGCUUCUUCUGCUCUGGUCACAUGGAAAAUUCGUGACGAUGAGGGCGAUGAGCUGGUGGUACACUACGGCCUCAUAGCGUCUGCAAAUCAGCUGAUGAAGGAUGCAACUUUACGUGACAGGCUCGCCCAGGACAAGGACGUUCUCUGCUUCGAGAUGGAAGCAGCAGGUCUGAUGAACCACUUCCCAUGCCUGGUCAUCAGGGGAGUUUGCGAUUACUCGGACACACACAAGAACAAGAUCUGGCAGGGAUACGCGGCAAUGACGGCAGCAGCAUACGCAAGGGAUCUCGUGAAGUUGCUCACGCCCAGCAGAGUUGAAGCAGAAGGCAGGUUGGCUGACGAGUUGUUCCGAGUCAAUGAGAAGCUUGGAUCCAUAUCGUCCGACGUCAAAGAGCUUGGUUCGACUAUCGGGGUCCUGAACUCUCACAGGCAACGUGACGAGCUCUCGAGGUGGCUCGCAGCACCCGAUGUCUCGAGCAACUACCACAAAGCCCUGCAACUGCGCCACCCUGGCUCUGGACGCCGUCUGAUUGAGUCCGAGGCAUUUCAGACUUGGCGGGAUCAGGAGUCGUCUGCUGUCCUCUGGCUGCAUGGGAUUCCUGGUUGCGGCAAGACUGUCCUGGCCACCACGGUAAUCGAGCAUCUGCAGGUAGAGGAACCGUCCCCGUUGAUCGUCCUUUAUUUCUACUUCGACUUCUCCAACGUCGAGAAGCAGCAAAAUCGCAACGCCCUUCGAUCGGUUGUGGAUCAACUAUAUCACAGAAACGAGAAGGCGCAUGCAGAGUUGGAGGCCCUCUACGCUGCUUGCUACGCUGGAAAAAGGCAGCCUGAUCCACAGCAGCUCCAGGAGACUUUGGCGAAAAUGGCACGGGCUUGCGCAGAGACUAAGAUCUACAUCGUCCUCGACGCAUUGGACGAAUGCACCACGCGGGAGGAGCUCUGGCCAUGGCUGCAGGAACUGCAGAGCGUGUCCAACGUGCACGUCCUCGCCACAAGCAGGGAUGAGCUUGACAUCAGAUCAGCCAUUAGUUUGCUCACAGUCGAACAGCAGAGAAUGUCUGUGCAUGCAAGCUUGAUCGAGGCUGACAUCGAGAGCUACGUGCGCGCCACGAUUAGGGAUCAUAGCAGCUUUGCCAUCUGGGCAGCGCAGCCAGAUGUUCAACGAGAGAUUGAGACAACGCUGGUAGAGAAAGCGGGCGGGAUGUUCCGUUGGGUCUGGUGCCAGAUCGAUGCGCUCAAGCGAUGUCGGGACAGGAUCACUCUGCGAAAGGCUCUCGCGUCCUUGCCCCGAACUCUUGACGCAACCUAUUCCCGAACCCUCAAGAGUGUACCGCCAGAGUAUAUCGACCAUACUGUACGCAUCUUGCAGUUUCUGACGUAUUCGGUCCGACCAAUUCUCCUGGACGAGGUGGUCGAUGCGAUCGCAGUCAACCUGAAGGCCGCGGCUCACGGCGGCCGACGGUUCGAUCCGAGAGACAGGAUGCCGGUACCAGCCGAGGUUAUUGGAUACUGCGCGAAUCUCGUCACCCUGGUGCGCAGAGACGAUCUUGUCCGAUAUGACGGGAAGACAAUCACCGUGGUCGAAGAACUCCAAUUGGCACACUUCUCAGUCAAGGACUAUCUCACAUCCAACCGUGUAGUGGAAUUCCUCGGUCGUGCCAUAUCCAAAAAGAGAGCGUGCACGCGUCUUGCCGAGGUCUGCCUUUCGUACUUGCUCGAGCUCGGACCAAGCACGGUUGCAGCAAAGCUGGUAAAGGAUUUCCCCUUCGCAAGGUAUGCUGCCAAGUUCUGGAAAGUCCAUGCUCGUCAAGGGUUUCCCGACUGUGACACCAUCGCAGCUCUUGCGGAAGAGCUUCUCACCAACCCCGAGAAGUGGCUGAGAUGUUACUUAAUCACCAACCCGUCACUGCAGGAUACCUUACCAGAGGAGAAACCAUGGCACAUCGGGCGCGCAUUACACUAUGCUUCCUAUUACGGCCUUGCGCGAUGUGUUCAGAACCUUAUCAACCAGGGAGCAGACGUCGAUGGCGAAGGGGGAUAUCAUGGCAAUGCAUUGUUUGCCGCAUUGGCGGGGGGUCAAGAAGCCAUUGUCAGAGUCCUUCUUGACAACGGUCCCGAUGUCAAUCUCCCGAGCGCUGCUUUCGGCAGGUACGGGCAUGCUUUGCAGGCAGCCUCAGCCAGAGGGCAAAUUCGCAUUGUCCAGAUGCUUCUCCAGGCUGGGGCGGACGUUAAUGGCCGGGGCGAUGAACACGACACUGCUCUAACAGCUGCCUCGCGCCACGGUCACAUUGAGAUUAUCAGGAUCCUCCUCGAUGCCGGCGCAAAUGUCAACGCCGCCGAGGGCCGGUUCUACGGUACAGCCCUGAUCGCUGCCUCGCACGAGGGUCACAUUGAGACCAUCGGGAUCCUCCUCGAUGCCGGCGCACAUGUCAACGCCGCCGACAGCCGGUUCUACGGUACAGCCCUGAUCGCUGCCGCAUUCAAUGGCCAGGAGGAAGCAUCCUUAAUGCUCUUGAGGAGGGGAGCAGACAUUCACAUGGAAUCUAAGCGCUUUGGUAAUGCUCUGGUAGCAGCCUCUAUACGCGGACAUGCUGAGGUUGUGCGGAUGCUCAUAGCCCAAGGCGCAGAUAUUGAUGCACCGAGCGGGGAAUACUUCAGUGCCCUGCUAGCAGCAUUGAUGCACAACCACCAUGAAGUCACUCAGGUCCUUCUUGACGCAGGUUGCAAAGUCACACCAUUUGUUCAAAGACUGUUCCGGUCUUCCCCAUGGUUGGAGCAGAUGAACAGGCGAAUGAAGGGGCUCCAAUCAGAAGAGGUUUGAACGUUUUCAGAUAAAAUAUUGCCUAUUGAAAAAGGGAAAGCCAAAAAGGGGAGAGAGAAAUUCAUGUGCCUGGAAUGAAAAUGCCCACACGACUUGAUUCCUCGAGGAUAUAUUGUGCCGGCUGGAGAUUUGUGAUCAAUCAGCAACAAUAUAUGGACCACGAGAGAACUAGUUGUUGAACAUG